GGGGCGCCUGUGGGAAUCUGAGACUGAUAACCUAGGGAGUCUAUCGUCUAUUGUUCAUUCCCUACUGCCGGUCUCUCGGCUACUCAACCUGUCUGGCUGAGAGCCUUCUAUCGCCGUUCGCGAAGCGCCCAUCACCCCCAAACUCUAAUGCCUCUGCACCAAACUCAAACAAGCCUCCCUGCAGCGCUCGUCUGAUGAACCAGCUCUGCGGCUCGUCCACGAGCACUAGCCCGAACCUACCUGGCGGCAGAUGCCGCUCGAACCUCUCCCACUCUGGCGCCCUGCUCUCGUACACCAUCCGAUCCUCAACGAUUCCCACCCUCAUCCCUGGGCAUGCGAGGAUCUGCUCCCUCAAGGCUAGCACAUCCCGCUCGUCCGUCUGCCCGCCCUGCCGUUCGCAGAACACGAGUUCCCUCACCUGGGGAAACAACACUCUAUACUCAAAUUCCCGCCACCACGUCCUGUCCCUGUUCGUCCCGAGCCUCCGCAGCUUGCCCAUUCGUGGGCAUGCAGCGAUCCAGUUGAGCAUCCCUCGGUUCUGCCACCUUAGGAGCGAAAAAGGGAGCAUGAAGCUCGGCGAGUCUACCACAAGCUCCUCGAGCUCCUCAAACUGGCCGAGCACGCCAGGCCAAAAAUGGCAGUCUCGCACCCGCCGAGCAAAGUCGUGCACCACCAGGAGGCGCUUGAGCGUCGGCCCCAGAGCGGAGAAUAGCGGUGCGAGCUCUUUGGCGCAGUAGGUGUGUGUAUGUGCUUGAUCCACCCGUGCAGAAUCGGCCCCUUCCCACCCGGUAAACCAGUUCAACUCUCCCCUCAGGAGGGCCAAACUCUUCACCCACCGCAAGCCGUCCUCGCAGGCCAGUAUCCGCCCCACGUCCUCCGCUCUCUGCACCACCACCCGCUCGUACAAUCUGGGCAGCGCAAGCGCACGCCAUACCCUGUCAGUCUGGCUGAGCGCGCGGAGGGCAUGUUCGGUACCGGGCUCCCAGGCAAACGCUGAGUGGGAGGUAGAGAGGAGCAGGUGGGAGAGAAUGGGUAAGCGGAGCUCGUUCGGUAUCCUUGCUAGGUUUGGUGCGGACUUGGUGCGGGGCUGGGAAACGGAGCCCAUAGAUGGGUAAUUGGUCGUGUGGGUUUCAAUUGAGAACAGCACAGGAUGCACAAACCAGACGGAGGGGCCCGGUUGGAACACGACCACGGGGUAGCGCUCAAGGAGGAAGGAGGAUGACGCUAUCUGAGGCUUAUCGAGCCCUGCAGUUUGGGCGGCCCGCUGGAUCAGGCACUGUGCCGCGGGCCCCGGCGGGAAACUGGGGUUGUAGGAC